AUGUAUACAGAAGGUACGGUUGAUUUGAAUGAAAUGCUUAUUCGCUAUCCAUUCCUUCCACUCGGGGAGAAGGAUGCAAACCUUGCCCAGAUCACACAGAAAGCAAGGAAGUGUUAUUUUCCUGCCUUUGAAGAGGUAUUGAAGAGCCAUGGCCAAGACUACCUUGUUGGGAACAGGCUGAGCAGGGCUGACAUUCACAUGGUUGAACUUCUCUACCACAUCGAGGAGCUGAAUGACAGCAUUGUGGCCAUUUUCCCCCUGCUUCAGGCCCUGAGAACCAGAGUCAGCAACCUCCCCACAGUGAAGAAGUUUCUACAGCCUGGCAGCCAGAGGAAGCCUUUGGAAGACGAGAAGUUUGUAGAAGAGCUUAAGAAGAGCUUCUUUUAA